CACGAGCAAAAAUAUAAAGAAAAAAUAUCAUACAUCUUGAAAUUUAUUUUUUAAACACUUUAAUUUUCAAAAAAUAUGAGAUGAAAAACUAAUUGACAAGCCCUCCAAAUAUUAAAAUUAAAAAAUAAGAAUGGAAAAUUAAAUAAGAGUUUAAAAAGUGAAACGGCCAUUUCUCCAUUUCUAUUCCAUGGAAGUGUCCCACCUUGCCAACGUGGAAGUCUUCACAUGGUCAACUCUAAUGGCCGGUAAGUUAGUUAUGGAAACAGUUGUUUCUACAACUUAGACUUGCUUAUAUGUGUAUGACCAUAUAUAAAAAUAUAGACUUGAAAGUAAAAAAAAUCUACCAUUCAUUGUAUGCUUUGUAUAGACUAGUUUGAAGGUUGAUAAUCUCUCUCAAAUAUCAAUCAAGAAAAAUGUUUUGAGAGGGACAGUGUGCAAGUUUCCUAGAUUAUAAAGAGAAGAAGAAGAAGAAGAAGAAGAAGAUUAAGCUUGAUAGAUCGUCAUCAAACGGGUCAGCCUCUGAGAUUAAGCUUGAUAGAUCGUCAUGGGUCAGCCUCUGAUGUUAAACAAGAAGAAGAUGGCUCAGAAGAGGGAUAGAUCGUCAUCAAACGGGUCAACCUGCGAGAUUAAGCUUGAUAGAUCGUCAUCAAACAGGUCAGCCUCCGAUGUUAAACAAGAACAAGAUGGCUCAGAAGAGGGAGUUAAGAAUCCCCCUGCAAAUGCAAUUGCUGUAAACGAAGGCAGCUUGAACAAACCCAGAAACAAGGCUUAUAUAGAUUAUUCAUCUGGGUCCGUCACAGUAAGCCUUGAUGAUGAAGGUCCUCAAACCAAGAAGAUGGGCAAUUCAUCUUCCUCAUCAUCAAGUUCCAGCAGCGAAGGCUCCAUAAAUGGUGGUUCAGGUCAGAGAAACCUCCUCUACAAGAAGAGCUUAACCUACGCGGAUGUCUACUUCGGCAGGCUCGUGAUUCCACUUGAAUCUGCAACAGCUUUUCUCCCUGGACCUGAGAAACGUGACGGAAGAUAUGAAAGGAUAUUAAUAUCACUUCUAGACCACAAGAGAGAGGUGUGGACGAUAGGGGCUACGUUCGACGAACUGAACAACUCCUACAUGCUUUGGUGGAACUGGGGCAAAUUUGUGAAGAAACAUAGAUUGGAACCCGAGGACGUGAUUUUCUUAUAUGACGAUCUCUCUCUUCAGUUCUGGUCCAUUGAAUAUGUAAGAAAGUUGCAUGAAGAGAGCUUGAGGCCAUACAAGAAGAGAAGCCUUUUUCGUGUGUGAAUGCAUUCAGAAAAUUCUAGCUUAGGUAAUAUUCUUCUUUCUUCUUUCUUCUUCGAAGUUACAUGUACAAUCUCACUUUCCAUAUUUAUAAUCUGCUUUCAGAAAACAAUACCAGAUUAAUUUGCGGUUUGAAAAUGUCUUUGUCCAAAGGGUAAAGGAGUCUUACGUUCCAGUGGAAGAAUGAAGAAGAAGCACUCUGUAUUCUGUAGGUUGUUGUUUUGUUUUGAUAUUUGUGUAUUAAUUAUGAGAAUUUUUCUGCUGUGGGGCUGGAUAAGUAAUCACUUAAGGGAAGGGAAAGUAUAAUCAACAUUUAAGAAACACAAUUGCAUGGACUGGAGUUAUA